AUGGCUAAGGAUAACAAUAAUAAUGGAAAUAAUGCCAUUAAUCUAGAUCCCGAAGCAAAUAGAGCAUUGCGAGAUUAUGCAGUUCCUCUGUUGCAAGCUUGUGAGAGGUUUAAAGAACUACUGCGAAGAUGUCCACAUCAUGAAAUUCUUGAUUGGUUGCAAGUUCAGACAUUCUAUAAUGGGUUGGUUGAGUCAAUUAAAACCACAAUUCAUGCUGCUGCUGGUGGGGCAUUGAUGAGUAAGAAUGUUGUAGAUGCUUAUAAUUUGUUGGAAGAGAUGGCUUCAAAUAAUUAUCAAUGGCCUUCAAAAAGGUCGGGUUCGAGAAAAGCUGUUGGAGCCUAUGAGAUUGAUGCAAUUAGCAACUUAGCUACGCAAGUGGCUGCACUGUCCAAGAAAUUUGACACAUUGGGAGUUCAUGCAAUUCAAAAUCCAUUUGUAGUUUGUGAGAUGUGUGGAGAUGGCCAUUCAAGUGAUCAAUGUUCAUACAAUUCUGCAUCAGUCCAAUUUAUGGGGAACUUCAACAAGCAGCAGAAUAACCCAUACUCUAAUACAUACAAUCCUGGUUGGAGAAACCACCCCAACUUUUCAUGGAACAACAAUGCAGGGCCUUCCAAUUCAAACCCUAACAUGCCUCCUAGUUUUCAACAACAAUCUAGACCACCAAUUCCUGAAAAGAAGUCCCAACUUGCAAACUCCAUCAAUAGUAGACCCCAAGGUGUCUUACCAAGUGAUACACAAGUCAAUCCCAAAGGUAAGGAACAUUGUAAUGCAGUUACACUUAGGAGUGGAAAAGAAGUUGGAGGGGUGAAUGAAAAAUUAAUUGAAUCUUCAAAGGAGCAUCUAGAUGAUGACAAGGCAAUUGUUGAGAAAGAAGUUAAAGUGGAAAAGACAGAUAAUGGGCAAGCAAAAAAUCAAGGGAAUUCUAAAGCAAAUUACCCUCCACCACCAUUCCCACAAAGGUUGAAAAAGCAAAGGCUUGAUAAACAGUUUGAGAAAUUCCUCAAUGUCUUUAAAAAGCUCCACAUAAACAUCCCUUUUGCUGAAGCUUUGGAAAACAUGCCAAGUUAUGUCAAAUUUCUGAAAGACAUCUUAACUAAGAAGAGGAAACUGGAAGACUUUGAAACAGUGGCACUUACUGAGGAGUGCAGUGCAAUAAUUCAGAACAAGAUUCCACCAAAACUUAAAGAUCCAGGGAGUUUUUCUAUACCUUGUACUAUUAGUAGAUUUAAAUUUACUAAAGCUUUAUGUGAUUUGGGUACAGGUGUUUCAAUCAUACCAUUGUCAAUUGUUGAAAAAAUUGGACUUAAGGAGAUACAACCUACCACAGUUUCUUUGCAAUUAGCAGAUAGAAUAAUCAGGUAUCCUGUUGGGAUUAUUGAGGAUAUAUUGGUUAAAGUUGGGCAUCUUUACAUUCCGAUGGACUUAAUUGUGCUUGAGAUGGAAGAAGAUCAAGAAAUUCCUUUAAUCUUGGGACGACCAUUCUUAGCUACUGCAGGCGCAAUAAUUGAUGUGAGGGAAGGCAAGAUAACUUUUAAAGUUGGAGAAGAGGUAGUUGAGUUUAAUAUUUUCAAUGCAAAUAAACAUCCUAGCUCUACAAAUUGUUGUUAUAGAGUAGAGCUAAUUGAUGAAGGAAAAUGUGAACUUAAUUCUCCACCUAUAAGUGAGCAAACACCAAUCUUUGAGUUUAAGCCACCACCUCCUCCUGUGAGAGUUGAGCAAUCACCAACGGAGCAUCCUCCACCACCAUCUAAUUGUCCUUUCGAGAUUGGACAACAAGUAAUGCUGCUUUCUAGAUCAUACUUCAAGCUUUUUCCAUGGAAACGCAAAGAAAGAUGGUGGGGUCUUUUCAAAGUAGUAAAAGCUUAUCCUUGUGGAAUAAUUGAGAUUUAUAGUGAGGAUACAGGAAUAACCAUGGUUAAUGGGAUGAGCCUUAGACCAUAUUCGGAGGAUGAAGAACUGAAAAAGUGGGCACUAUAG